AUGGUCGGUACCUACGACCUCCAACAAUUUGCGCUUGCUCAGUGCGCAUUCACCAUCAAUCACGCUGACCUCACGGACAACGCGCGGAAAGCGGCUUUUGGCCGCGUGCACAACAUGUACAUUUUCACGGACUUACCGCCGCAGCCCAGCGAAUGGACCGCUAAGCAACUCAAGGCGCUCAACCGCCUGUUGCGUUCGUUGCUCAACAGCGCUGUCUCGUGGGACACAUUCCAGUACAUCGUCCAGCACCACAUCCUGACCGACCCGUGGCUCAUGUCGCUGAAACAGUCAAAUCAAUAUGACCAGUUCCCCCUUGUGCUCGCGACCUGCUUCAACUGGCAGCGCAUACCAUACGUCACCCUCGAAGAGGACAGCUCGCGCGAGACCAGGAGCGCGUCUCUCGCGCUGUUCUUGAAGCAGUGGUGGAUCCGUAAGUCCUCAUGUGUUGCGCGACUAUGGACUCACGCGCGAGCUGCUCGACUGCAGGCAACGACCGUGUCAGGUCCGGUGGACCGCCUCUCUCACAUGAGGCCAACGACUUCGACUUCAGCCAUUGUGUCGGACGCAGAGCGCGCCGCGGCAAGGAAGAACAACGAAGGCAUCGCAGCCCCAGGGAGCAUUCCCGCUGCCGCCAUGCUCGACAACGUGGGUGCCCUUCGCGAAGACGUGCUGUCACCGCUGUAUGAGGAGGAAGGUCAACUGCUCGCUCACGACCAACGAGCCUCUGAGGCGGUUGACUCGCCGCGCGCGUCCCUGGCACCUGUGCUGCAGAAUAAUUCCGCACCCGACUCUCUACCACGUGCACGCUCGUCAUCGCGUUCGCCCGCGCCUUCUCCAUCGCAUUCGCCCUCGCGUUCUGUCACUCGCUCGACGCCCGCAUCGCCGCCCAACGUUGUAUCCGACUCAUCAUCCCCGCUGCCGGCCGGGCGUAUUGCAUCUGCACAGUCGCACUCGCCCGCUUCUUCUGCAAGCCCAUCGACCGUCUCAGUGGUGCAGAUGAUGGACGUGGAUCCUGUGUCGCCAGGAACAUCAAGCAGUGUUGACGCAGGUGCUGGGCCUUCGAACUUUGGAGCCCAUCGUGUCGCGAGACGCAACUCAACGAGCUCGACACCAGUGCGAUCAUCCGCGAUGGGUGAUCGCGCGGCUCAUCAACGAGGUCGCCAGAUUGCGGGGUGCCUUCAGGCGACGAAGAAGAAACGUGCUCGGUAUGGGGGUGAUGAAGAUGAUUGA